AUGUUUUCUCUUCUAGUUAAUAUUCCUGCUAAUGCCACAUGGAAACAGAACGGAGUGACUAUUGCUGGAGGGCACGGGAACGGAGAUGCCACUAAUCAAUUCAACUGGCCUUGGGGUCUCUUCGUUGAUGAUGAUCAAACAGUGGUUAUUGCUGACUACGGGAAUCAUCGUAUCAUCCAAUGGAAGAACGGCGAUACAACGAAUGGACAAGUUGUUGCUGGUGGUAAAGGCCAAGGAAAUGGAUUGAAUCAAUUGGGUCGUCCAACUGAUGUAUUAAUUGACAAAGAGACGGAUAGUCUCAUUAUUUGUGAUGGAGAGAAUCGACGAGUAGUACGAUGGUCUCGUCGUAGUGGUACAACACAAGGUGAAAUACUCAUCGAUAACAUCUGGUGUUGGGGAUUAGCUAUGGAUGAGCAGAGAUAUCUCUACGCCUCUGACUACGUAAAACAUGAAGUAAGACGAUAUCAAUUGGGUGAGAAGAAUGGCACUCUCGUAGCUGGCGGUAAUGGCCAAGGUGAUGGUCUCAAUCAACUCAACUACCCUUAUUAUCUCUUUGUCGAUCGAGAUCAUUCAGUGUACGUAUCAGACAACUGGAAUCAUCGUGUAAUGAAAUGGAAUAAAGGUGCGAAAGAAGGUAUCGUGGUCGCUGGAGGACAAGGUGAAGGGAAU